AUGGCGUCCUCCCUCAGGGCAUUGCUUGUUGAGGAUACGGCAGUUCAACGCAUGGUUGUCUCCGCCAUGCUGCGCAAUCAGUUUCACUGCGAGAUGACUCUGGCGAAGAAUGGGAAAGAAGCUGUUGACAUGUUCCUCGAGGGCAACACGUUUGAUAUAGUUUUUUGUGAUAGGGACAUGCCCAUAAUGACCGGCCCGGAGGCAGUUGUGAAGAUCCGUGCUAUGGGAGCCACUGAUGUGAAGAUCGUGGGGCUGUCUGAUGAUGAUAAUGCCAUGGAGGCGUUCAUCAGCGCCGGCGCCGAUGAUUUCGUGCCCAAACCAGUGAGGCCUGAGACUCUGGGGCCUAUGAUUCAGGAGGUCAUCAAUAAGAAGCUAGAACAGUUAGCGACGCUUGCUUGA